AUGGCGGAACGACGAAUUAAGACAGCCGGCAAGCGUUUCGAGACGCUUCAGCUCCAUACAGGAAACUUUCGUGAUCAAUUCGGAGCAUGUAGUGUGCCAGUGUAUUCAUCGGCAUCAUUCUGGUUUCCGGAUUCUAAGACCGCUGGGAAUUCCAUGGUCAACUUCACGGCGGAUGCUUAUGUUUACAGUCGAACUUCAAAUCCCACUGUGCAUGUCUUUGAGCAACGUAUUGCAGCCCUAGAAGGUGGAACCGCUGCUGUAGCUUUCUCUUCUGGCGCAGCAGCAGUGCUUGUGGCCGUUCUAAGUCUGGCUCGAGCUGGGUCAAACAUCAUUAGCACAAGAUCUAUCCAUGGAGGGACCUAUCAUCAGUUCCACACCUUGCUAUCUGGUCUAGGCAUCGAGGCACGCUUUGUGCGCGAUGAAGCUUCAAUUGAAGAAAUCCGGCAACUGAUUGAUGAGAACACGAGACUUAUCUUCACCGAGACUAUUGGUAACCCGAGCUUCACAGUAGCCGACUUUGACGUCCUGUCGGAAGCCGCCCACCAGAAUGGCAUUCCACUCGUGGUCGAUGCUACGUUUAGUGCCGCCGGAUACUUCUGUCGACCCAUUGAUCACGGUGCAGACAUUGUCAUCCACUCGGCUACCAAGUGGAUUGGAGGCCAUGGGACAACACUGGGAGGUGUUAUAGUGGAUAGUGGGAAAUUUGAUUGGGGCGCUAACCCUGAGAAGUUUCCACAGUUUCACGGUGGCCGUGAGGGAACAGCGGAUCUUAAUCUGUAUAAAGUGUUUGGCACCGAAGCAUAUGCCGCGAUGCUGAAAGCCGACACUCUCCGUGAUAUCGGCUCCACUCUCAGUUCCCAAGCCGCACACGAAUUACUUAUUGGGCUUGAGACUCUCUCCCUGCGAGCAGAGCGCCAGGCUUCUAAUGCCAUGCAGCUGGCUGAAUGGCUGGAAAAGCACCCCUUGGUUUCUUGGGUACAGUACCUAGGUCUGGAAAACCACCCUUCCCAUCAACUUGCGCUUAAAUAUUUAUCUCGCGGGUUUGGAAGUGUCCUGGCCUUUGGAGUUAAAGGCGGGCAAAAUGCUGGACUCAAGCUGGCGGAUAAUCUAGAACUGAUCGGACAUACAGCCAAUGUUGGUGAUUCAAAAACAAUCAUCAUUCAUCAUAGAUCUACCACUCAUAGCCAACUGACUGAAGAGGAAUGCCUGGCUAUCGGUGUCACGGAUGACUUGAUUCGGCUCUCAGCGGGAACCGAGCAUAUUGAUGAUCUCAAGGAAGAUUUAGACCAGGCUUUGGCAAAGGUGGCACAAUCAGAGAGUCAAUCUUAA